CAUUAUUUGCUGAUCUGCUGAUUUUUGCAGAAGAAAACCAAGAGGACUGAAACUACAAAAGAGGAUCCUCUAGAGAAAUUUUCUGAUUCAGAUGCAGAUGCAGCACCUACUGACUCAGUCCAGGCAACUCAUGAAAGCACUGGGGAACCAACAAGGCAAUCAAGACCAGCCCCUUGUGAGAUGAGCGACAUAGAAGUCCUGCCUUCAGUUUCUAAUGUGCUUGUGUCAAAUGAACUUGGAGACCAGUGUCGUUAUGAGGUGGAUUCCCAAAUUGCCCUUGCCAUCAAUGUGUCUCUUGAAGACUUUGAAGUACAGUUUGGAGGUAUUUGUGCUGGUGAUGGUGGUGAUGACGACUCCACUCUUCUUUGGAAUCCCUCUGACCUCCACAAUAUUCAGCAUUCUACAUUGAAUGAUGAACCUGCAUCAUCAAACGGUCUUACAGAAUCACCAGAUCAGUCUGAAAAAGAACUCCUGUAUGUGAAAUUAAGGCGAGUAAACAUAGUUCAUGACGUCCUUAAUGUCUUCAUGAAACCAAGAGUACUGAAUGCUAAUCUGAAAAUGGAGUUAAUAAAUGAGAAAGCUGUGGACAGUGAUGGUGUGUCAAGAGAGGUGUAUUCCGCCUUCUGGGAACACUUCUUUGAACAAUGUGAGGGGGAAGAAGAGAGAGUUCCCAGACUGCGACCAGACUAUUCUGAGAAGGAAUGGAAAGCAGUUGGAAAAGUCUGGUUGAAAGGAUACCUGGACCACGGCAUCAUGCCCAUCCGACUGUCCCCAGCUUUUGUUCUUGCCUGCUGCCAAGGAGUCGACUCAGUGGAUGAAGAACUCUUGAUGACGUCCUUUGCCAGAUUCCUGUCAGUGACUGAGAGACUAUCCAUUGAAAAAGCAUUGCAGGGCAGCAUGGAUGAAAGUGAUGAGGAGGAAUUACUUGACCUCUUCUCACGAAUGGGCGCACACUGCCUGCCCAGUAAAGAGAACCUAAGGGCUACCAUUGUAACAAUGGCACACAAAGCUCUUCUUCAAGAGCCGAAAUUUAUAAUUGAUUGCUUCCAUUCCAGUAUUCACACUGCUUUGCCAACUCCCAUAACCAAAAGCCGCCUAAUGGAACUCUAUGAGUCUAAAAAACCAUCCAACAGGAAAGUGGCACAGAUGAUUAAACCGUCAAAUGAAAGCUUAAGUGCACAGGAGCAGACAGCGCUCAACCACCUACUACGAUAUGUCAGAAGCAUUGACCAAAAGAAGCUAGAAACCUUUUUGCGCUUCUGCACAGGGUCCACUGUGCUGUGCAAAGACAAAAUUGAAGUAACUUUUAAUAAUUUGUGUGGUUUAAGUCGCAGGCCUGUUGCACACACUUGUGGAGCAGUACUUGAAUUACCAUGCACCUACAGCACAUACCCUGAAUUUCGAACAGAAUUUGACUGUGUAUUGUCUGGUGAUUGUUUCACAAUGAAUAUUGUGUAA